GGCACAUUUUCCACCUCUCGAUUUCUACCCAGUCCUCUCGGGAUUACUUGUCACCCUCACGAAUGGCGUGUACCCUCGCACUGGUUUGCAAAGAAACUGCAGAUUGGAUGCGUCCCCAAAUCUGGCGUACUGUGUAUAUGACGAACGCGACGCAGGCAGCCAAGAUAUAUCACGGACUACAGAAGGGCGCAAAGGGACAUCGUGCCACGAAGCACUUACUAGUGCGGAACGUCUGGAUACGCACAGGGGAUGCGUGUGUUCCAUUUCACGAGCUGCUACUUGAUCAUCACCACAAAGACAUCGGUACGAUGUUGAUGGGUGAGCACGUCGAGAGCUUAGCGAUUGACUGUGACCUCCUCAGCAAUGGGUGGCUCACGGGCUCCAUGGCCCGACCAAGACAAGUCCUACUCCUUGAUAGGUCAACGGCCACUUCAAGAGCACCGCGGCCACUGCAUCUCAAUCCGGAGUUAAAGAGAUUCUUCCGCGAGACAACACACUUGAUCAUCGGGGAAUACUGGAACAAGGUUGCGCCCUUCCUUGCGGACGAUCAAGAUUCCGAGUUGUUCUUUGCAUCCCUCAUGUCCCUAUGUGUGCGUUUCCCGGCAUCGAUAGACACCUGCACUGCAAUAAGGCUGGCCAAGGAACUUUCUCGCAUGAAGAGUAUUGAACAAGUCAUCAUCUGCAUUGACAAUGGCUUCGGCACAGUGAUUGCACAAUCGAACCCCGUCUGGCGUGUUCUCAAGAUCUUGGAGCCGCAUACGCGGAACCUGAUAAUUCUCCCUCGAGGGCUAUCGCUCGAGUCCGAGUGGGACGAGAUUAUUGAGGGGGGUGAUACAAUCUGGAAACGCGCAUCUGAUCCCACGCAACGUAAGCCAGGACCUGAGACGCGUUCGAAGGAGGAAGACUGGGCAGCGUUUGCUGGCUUCAAUGCGGCCAGAAAGGCUUCGUCCUCUCUAUCUUUGCUGGACUGUGGCCUCGCACGAGCCACAUUGCCAGUGGAGCGAAAUACCCUUGUAGAUGAGCACGACCUGCCGCGACCAUAUCCAAGGCCUGGACCCGAACCUUACUACAUGCCGCGGUCGGAUUGGUACCAUCCGAACCGGACAGGCUGGUGAGAAGGUGAGUUACCCGUACUGGCGCUAGAUACAAUAAAUUAUUGUGCAUGUGUAGAUGCCAGCGUUAUCGGCGCGGAGACAGCAUUGUAUACUUCUAGUCGCGCCGCUUCCGCAAUUGAUCAUAGGUCGU